AUGUCCAAAGUCGGUGUCAAGACGACAUUUGAAGCGUCGCGAAUACUCCGGCCGAUAUACACAGGAGGAAGCACGUCUUUAGAUUCCAGUGGUCGCAUCCUUGCGUCUUGCGUGGGAGAGGAUGCUCUCGUAAUCGACUUGACCACAGGCGACCAAUUGGCCAGCCUUGAAGGAGAUGGAGAAAUUAUCACAGAUUUAGCGAUUACGCCGUCGGCUUCGCACGUCGUGAUCUGCUCCCGGUCGUUGUCUAUGCGCAUCUACUCUUUAACAAAUAUCGAUACUGAAAUGAGAACUCUUGAUGCGAAUAUGGUUAAGAGUGUCAAAGCACACACAUCGCCUGUGGUCACCACCGCCAUCGAUUCAACAGGUACUCUUUUGGCUACUGGGUGCUCUGACGGAACUAUCAAAGUUUGGGACAUCAGAGGUGGAUAUAUCACACACACGUUUCAUGGACAUGGAGGAGUUAUCUCUGCGCUCUGCUUUUUUGAAGCGAGUACCGCCGCUACCGAGGACGGAGAGAAAUCCAAGUCGCUUCGAAAAAAGAAAAAUCAACUCAGUCAAGAGGAAGCAUCAACGUCAACCACGCUUCGAUUGGCAUCUGGUGAUGAAGAAGGAAAAGUGAGAGUAUGGGACUUGAACAAGAAAAAGUCUUUGGUUAUUCUAGAGUCUCACGUCUCUGUGGUACGUAGUUUGUCUUACUCGGAGUCUGAGAAUGCUCUGCUUUCGGCUUCUCGCGACAAAACUGUCAUCGUAUGGGACGCUCGAACGUGGAAAAGCCGACGAAUCAUUCCAGUUUUGGAGAGUGUGGAGACUGCGGGGUUUAUUUCUGACACUGCCCUUAUUUUCAUCGGAGGCGAGAGAGGAACUCUACGUAUUUGGGACGGCAACAGAGGAGGGGAGAUUACACAAGAGCAACCUGAAGGCGCAGAAACUGAUGCCAUUGUUGCUGCUGAAUACUCUCAGGGGCUGUCAUUUGUAGUGACUGUUCACGCCGACCAAACAUUGCGGUUGCAUUCUAUAGCACCCUUGGAUGAUUAUAAUCCUGGGUCUUCGAUACCACCCUUGCCCGUCAUUAGGCGGAUCUCUGGAAACGACGAUGAAGUGAUUGACUUGGCUUAUGUCGGCCCAGACCGGUCUCUCUUGGCUAUGGCAGCCAAUACAGAGAGCAUCAGAGUCGUUUCUAUGGGUGGUUCGACCAAGAGUUCUGAAGAGGGCAGCAACUAUUUCGGAGCAGACGUUACGUAUUUGGAUGGCCAUGACGAUAUAGUCAUUUGCCUUGACGUCGACUGGUCAGGCCAUUGGCUUGCUACUGGUGCAAAAGACAAUACAGCUCGUCUCUGGCGCCUUGAUCCUGAAACUUCUUCCUUUACUUGUGCAGCUACUUUCACAGGCCAUGCCGAAUCACUUGGAGCGAUUGCUUUGCCUCGAACUCCUCCCCCGGUGGGGUCAAAAGCAUAUACUGAUCCAUUAAGCUAUCCUCCAGCUUUUAUUUUCACCGGUUCUCAAGACCGAACAAUCAAAAGAUGGGACACGGGGAAAAUGAGCGCCAGUCAAUUGUCGUCUCCUAAAGCAACAUAUACCAGGAAAGCCCAUGAAAAGGAUAUCAACGCCUUGGAUGUCAACCACAUAGCCACGUUAUUCGCCUCUGCAUCUCAAGAUCGCACUGUGAAGGUUUGGUCGGCAGAAGAUGGCAAUGUGGUGGGCAUCCUACGUGGUCACAAACGAGGUGUAUGGUCUGUCCGGUUCUCGCCUAAAAACAUGCCCAUUAUAAAUUCGAAUUCCGGCACCAGUACCAGCCGUGGCUUGGUGGCCACAGGUUCUGGUGACAAAACCGUCAAGAUCUGGAACCUGACUGACUUUAGUUGUCUCCUCACCUUUGAGGGCCACACAAACAGCGUUCUCAAGGUCCUUUGGCUACCACCUGUUCAACUGGCUUCGGAGGGCGACAAGGAAGACGUAAAGGCGGCAAACAAAGAUCUUGUCGCGACUCGCCCGCUUCUCGCUUCAUCUGCUGCAGAUGGCCUGGUGAAAAUUUGGUCUCCUUAUACGGGCGAGCUAGAAACUACAUUAGACAACCAUACAGACCGAGUGUGGGCACUUGCUUCUCCAACGCCAUCUGGGUCUCGAGAAGACACCAAACUCUCAGAGGAAAAGCCGCCAUUUGCCUUGAUUUCAGGCGCUGCCGAUUCCACCGUCACAUUCUGGGCAGAUACAACAUCGGCAACGCUGACUGCUGCAGUGUCGGCCAAUUCAGCUCGCAUUGAACAGGACCAGCAGUUGCAAAACUACAUCCGGGCUGGUGCUUUCAGAGAAGCCAUCACGCUUGCUCUUCAACUCAACCACCCAGGCCGUUUGCUUUCGCUAUUCACUACUGCUAUUGAAGAAGCGGACGGAACUGUAGACGCUGAUAACAACACUGCCGAAGACAAGAUUCUCCUUACUGGCAACAGCUCUGUGGACACAGUCUUGCAAUCUCUUGACCAUGACAACCUCUACUUAUUGCUUCUGCGCCUCCGUGAUUGGAACACCAAUGCACGCACAGCCAAAGUCGCGCAGCGUAUCCUAUAUGCUCUCGUACGCUCCUAUCCCGCAACAACCUUUGUUGAACUCGCCAGCCGUCCUCCCCCCGCCGCAGCUCAGGGCAAACGAAGCGGGAAGUUCGCCCGCAAUACGGCUUUGAAAGAGGUUUUUGGUGCCCUGUCAGCAUACACCGAUCGGCAUUAUCGACGAGUCGAGGAGCUGGUUGACGAGAGUUAUCUCGUUGAAUGGAUUCUCGAUGAAAUGGACGGUGGAAUCGGAUUAGUUACGAAUACUGAUCCUAAUGGUCAUAAUGUCCCUGACCAUGAAAAGGAUGUGAUCAUGUUAGAGGCAUGA